AUGAUAACUUUAUUUUGUGACAAAAAUAAUGUAAACCUUUAGAGCAUAGUAGUUUUAUCUCUAUAUGUCUGUUUAUCGUUUUUUGAAUAAUUUUUGAAAAUGAUGGCAGAAAACAAUGUCGAAGAAGAAGUAUUACCGACAACAGAAAAGUCAAAAUCUAUUCAAGCUAUAAAUAAACAAAUUGUUCAUCAAAUAUGUUCCGGUCAAGUUGUAUUAAAUCUAGGAACAGCUGUUAAAGAACUAGUUGAAAAUGCCUUGGAUGCUGGGGCAACCUGUGUGGAAAUAAAGUUAAAAGAACAUGGCAAAGAAUCUAUAGAAGUUUGUGACAAUGGAACUGGUGUGGAAGAAGAAAAUUUUCAAGCAUUAACUUUAAAACAUCAUACAUCAAAGCUCCGAGAUUAUAGUGAUUUAAUAGGUGUUAGUACAUUUGGUUUCAGAGGAGAAGCUUUAAGUUCGCUAUGUGCUCUUUCUAAAGUAACUAUUACAACACGCCACAAAAAUGAUGAAUUAGGUACCAAAAUUGAAUUUGACCACAAUGGUUUGAUCAUAAAGAAAACACCCUGCUCUAGGCAAGUUGGAACAACGGUUCUAUUAGUCAACAUAUUUUAUACAUUACCUGUUCGCCAGAAAGAGUUUCAUAAAAAUAUUAAAAGAGAGUUUAAUAAAAUGACCCAACUUUUGUAUGCUUAUUGUUUAAUCUCCACUCAUGCAAAAAUUAUGUGCACAAAUCAGAACAAAGGUUAUGGUAGAACAAUUAUUGUAUCAACACAAGCAAAUAGUACACUCAGGGAUAAUAUAGUAAAUAUUUUUGGGUCUCAGCAGAAUCAAAAUUUAUUAGAAAUUAAACCAUUGAAUACUUAUAUAGCAGAAUCAGCUGAUGUUAUGGAUAUAGAAAAUGGAAAAUGCCAAAAAUCUCCCUUUCAAAUUGAAGGUGUAAUCUCUAGUUGUGCCCAUGGUGCUGGCAGAUCAGCACCAGAUCGGCAGUUUUAUUAUAUUAAUUCAAGGCCAUGUGAGCCUACAAAAAUAAUGAAAGUUGUAAAUGAAGUUUAUAAGCAAUUUAAUGGAAAUCAGAAUCCAUUUGUGUUUUUAAAUAUUAAAAUGGAGAACCAAGAUGUUGAUGUGAAUGUUACACCAGACAAACGUCAGAUAUUUUUAAAUCAUGAAAAAGUACUCACCACGCUUCUGAAACAAGCUUUAAUGAAACUGUUUGAAAAUAUUCCUGGCACUAUGAAAUUGCAAAAUAAAUCAUUGGAUGCAAGCAAUUUCAAUCAAUCAACUUUCACCAAAAAUGCUUUGCAUAACUUAGGAAAGCCUAAUGAAACAGGUAAAUGUGAAAACUCAAGUUUAAAAAGAAAAAUGAGUUUUUUAGAACGAUUUGCUAAUGAUACAAAACAAAUUAAAUUAUCUUCAGAAAAUGACAAUAGUACUAUAAUUAAUACCGCAAUUACUGAUAUUAAAACUCCCAAUUUAAGUUCAGAUUCUGAGGAUGAAGCUAAGGGUUCUCCCACACCAAAUUUUAAGCCCAUGGAUAAAAUAGCAGAAGAAACAACUGAUUAUGAAGAUAAGAGCAAUAUACAAGAUUUUAAAGUAUCACUGAAAAAUAAUCCUAUUUUCAUGCCUAAGAAUAUUAAUGUUUUUCAUGAGAAGGAUGAAAUUGAUGAAGGGUCAUAUAACGAAAAAAAAUUUAAUGUUACAUCAAAAAUUAAUCCAAUUGAUGUGUCAAAGGAAACCAAUGAAAGCAAGGAGAAAUCCUUGAUUGAAAAAGUAAAAAAUGAACCCAAAUUGAAUCUUGUUUUUAAUCCCAAAAUUAUAAAUGAGUUUUCAGAGGAUGAUUUAAAUAAAGCACAAGAUUUUAAAGAUAGUGAUGCUGAAUACUCUCUAGAUCAAGAUGAGAGUUCAUGUGAGUUAAAUAUUGAAGAAAAAAGUAACACGUCUGAUGAAUCAAUACAGUGUAAGAACAAAACUAAAGUCUCACAAGUUAAGAAAGACAAUGAUCUUGCAUAUAACAAGAACAGGCCAAAAGUUGAAAUGAAAUGCUCAUUAGAAGAUAUUAAGCAAAGAAUGCAGAUGCAGGAAAAAUCUAAAGAAGUACAAGAAUCAAAACUAAAUCGAAUCAAAUUUAGGUCAGAGAUCACACCAUCUUCUAAUGAAUCUGCUGAGAAAGAACUUGAGCGUGAAAUAUCAAAAGAAAUGUUUUCAAAAAUGACAAUUAUUGGCCAAUUCAAUUUGGGUUUCAUCAUAGUCCAAUUAGAAGAUGAUUUAUUUAUAAUAGAUCAGCAUGCAUCUGAUGAAAAGUACAACUUUGAAAACCUUGAGAAAACUACAACAUUGGUAAACCAAAAAUUAGUUGUUCCCCAAACAUUAGAGUUGACUGCAAUGAAUGAAAGUAUUUUAUUAGACAACUUAGAGGUCUUUGAAAGAAAUGGUUUUAAAUUUGAAAUAGAUAAAGAUGCUGUAACAACUAAAAGGGUAAAAUUAUCUGCAAUACCAAUGAGUAAGAAUUUUGAGUUUGGCAAAGAAGACAUUGAUGAAUUGUUAUUUAUGCUACAAGAUAGUUCCGGCGAUAAUUCUACAUGUAGACCAAGUCGUGUUAGAAGUAUGUUAGCUUCUAGAGCAUGUCGAAAAUCUGUUAUGGUUGGGUCCCCAAUGACAAGAGCUGAUAUGAGAAAACUUGUUGAUAAUAUGGGAACAAUGGAACAACCUUGGAAUUGUCCCCACGGUAGACCCACAAUGCGCCAUUUAGUUAAUUUGUUUUUAUUAAAGAAGGGUUCAGAACAAUAAAUAUUUUUAUAAAAUGUUUUAUACAAAGUAUGCUUUAAAAUUGUUAAUAAAAUAUUGUUUUAUGAAUUGUUUGAAUACA